AUGAUGACAUCACCAUCCCCGACACUCAGCGACAGCAGCGGCUCCUCCAAACACGACGGCAAUAAUGACAGCUGGGAGACUGUGGAGGGUCUCCGAGGGGCCCCUGUCAGCAUCCAGGAGCCCGGCAGACAGCAAGGCUUUCUGCUCAAGAGGAGGAAGUGGCCCAUGAAGGGCUGGCACAAGAGGUUCUUUGUGCUGGAGAAAGGCAUCAUGAAAUAUGCCAAACGUGAGGGAGACAUAAAAAAGGGGAAGAUCCAUGGCUGCAUCGACGUGGGUCUGUCUGUCAUGUCCAUCAAGAAGAAAGCCAUGUGCGUCGACCUGGACACAGAGGACAACAUCUACCAUCUAAAGGUGAAGUCCCCAGAGCUGUUUGAGGAGUGGGUUUCUAAGCUGAGAAACCACCGACUAUUUCGUCAGAACGAGAUCGCCACAAACCCGGAGAGACACCUGUUCCACCCACACGCCUCCUCGUCCCCCGCCCUCAAUAACUCCAUGAGGCGGCGGACCACUCUGACCAAGCAGGCGUCCAUGCACAAGGCCAAAGUCAGCUCGUGGUUCCACUCCUCUGAGGACAUGGACAAAUGCUGCAAAGAUCUGGAGGAGGCAGAGUCUUACCUGCUGGAGCUGAACCUGCUGCUGAAGAGCAUGGAGGUCAUGCACCGCACCUACUCUGCCCCGGUCAUCACUGCCCUGCCGCAUGCUUCUGCUUACAACGUUCCUAAGAAAGAGAAAAAGCCCAGAAGAUGGCUCUCCAAAAACAACGGCAAAGAAACCAAAUCUACACUCCAGGUGCCCAGUUGUAUUUCUUCCAAAUCAACGCGUCUCCAUGCAUCCAACCCAAACCUGUCCUCCACUGAACUGGAGUCUCAGGAGGCAGGCCCAGAGUCCCCAGACUCCCCCACACCCGUGUCCCGGCUGCAGGAAGACUUCUGUCGGCUAGCCAACAACAUCUACGCCAAUCUGAAGUCUGCCUACACCUCUGUGUCGUGUGAGAGAGAUCGUCUGAGGCAGAACGUGGACCAGCAGGCUCCGGCUCCGGCUCAGCUCGUCAGCCUGAAGACGGUUUACGCAUCAGAGUGUCCGGGCAGCUCUAACUCUCUGGUCCACCAGUCCUCAAACGACAGCAGAGCGUCCAUUCCAGAAUCCAUCUCAGAGUUCUACGAUGCUCAGGAGUAUCUACUCUCUUCCUCGUCUUCGGAAAAUGAGGUGUCGGAUGAUGACUCUUACAUCAGUGAUGUCAGCGACUCCGUCUCCAUGGAUACAUGUGACGGCGCCGCCCACAGACACUCCUCUGUGUCCAGUGAGGCGUCCCUUGUGCGGCGGCGGUCCACGCUGCCCAGCCCCUGUUCCAGCAGCAGUGUCUCUCUGUGGAACAUCCUGAGGAACAACAUCGGGAAGGAUCUGUCCAAGGUGGCCAUGCCUGUGCAGCUGAAUGAGCCUCUCAAUACCCUGCAGAGGCUCACAGAGGAGCUGGAGUACUGCCACCUGCUGGACACUGCCAACAGGACACCUGACCCCUGCCAGCGAAUGGUGUAUGUGGCGGCCUUUGCCAUCUCUGCGUAUGCCUGUACGUACCACCGAGCCGGCAGCAAACCCUUCAACCCUGUGCUGGGGGAGACGUACGAGUGUGACCGGCCAGACAGGGGCUUCAGGUGCAUCGCAGAGCAGGUGAGUCACCACCCUCCUGUGUCGGCCUGCCACGCUGAUUCAAGAAACUUUACCUUUUGGCAAGAUAUGCGGUGGAAAAAUAAAUUCUGGGGAAAGUCGAUGGAGAUUGUUCCCAUGGGAACCACUCAUGUGACAUUACCCGAGUUUGGAGACCACUACGAGUGGAGCAAGGUCACCUCCUGCAUCCACAACAUCCUGAGCGGUCAGCGCUGGAUCGAGCACUAUGGAGAGAUGACCAUCAGGAACAGCACGAGCAACGAGGCCCAGUGCAAAGUCACCUUUGUGAAGGCGAAGUCGUGGGGUUCCACAGUGAACGAGGUGGAGGCUGUGGUCACAGACGGAGGUGGGACAGUGGUCCGCAGGAUGUUUGGGAAGUGGAACGAGGCUCUGUAUGAAGGCAGCCCCCCCUCUGCCACCUGCCUGUGGAGAGCCAACCCGAUGCCUGAGGAGCAUGAGCUGUACUAUGGCUUCACUCAGUUUGCGGUGGAACUGAACGAUCUGGAGCCGGCUCUCAGACCUCUGCUGCCCCCUACUGACACACGCUUCAGGCCGGACCAGAGGCUGUUGGAAGAGGGCAACAUAGAGGGCGCUGAGGAGCAGAAGCAGAGGAUCGAGCAUCUACAGAGGGAGAGGAGGAGAGUGCUGCAGGAGAACAACCUGAAGCAUCAGCCCAGGUUCUUCAAGAAAAGUGGAGACGACACGUGGAUCUGUAACCAUAGUUACUGGGAGCAGAGGAGGGAGCCAGGCUUUACUGCUGUUCUUCUGACUUCUCUCAGACCAGUGCCUUGUGCUGCAGCACGAACACACAGCAAACCUUCAGAACAGGAGCUGGAACUAAAGCCUUCUUUCUUCCAGCCCUACUUUCUCCUACCCUUCUCUGUUGGGCUGGUGGAAAUGGGGCUUGAUAUCACUUUUUUUCUUCCAAACUGUAUUUUUGAAUGCGGUUUUUCCCAUAAUUCUUGA